GCGCACGCAGCUGUUUUCAUAACUUCAGCGGAGUCAGACUGAAGUGACACUACUGCUGUGCUGCUGCUGAUCUCUGGGAUUUACUUUAAUUCAGGGUGAGGAGAAACCUGCAGACAACCCCUCAGGACCACCAGCUUCACCCCCAAACAGUCCUUACGUUACAGUGGAUCACACCUGCAGGAGAAGACUCCUGUGUGCAGCUGGUCUGGAAGCAAAUCUGUGAGUCAUCUUCCUAAAGAUGAAGAUUGCCGUUCUGGGUGCCACGGGCCAGACAGGGGUGCAGCUGGUGAGCCAAGCUCUACAGCAGGGGCACCUUGUCACAGCCAUCGUGAGGAACCCUGGAAAACUGACCGUGACCCACGACAACCUCAAGGUGGUGGAGGGGAAUAUUUUCUCUGAAGAAAGUCUGAAACCACAUUUUAAAGACCAGGAUGCUGUGAUGUCAUGCCUUGGAUUCCCACCAGCUCUUAUGAGUGGAGUCACUGGCUACACUGAGUCUAUGACGGCGACGCUGGGUGCUAUGCGAGAGGCCAGAGUGAAUCGAAUCAUCACCAUGACCUCCUGGUACACUGAACCGAAUUCAGGCAGCAAAGCUUCGUUCUUCAUCCGCAACAUGCUGCUGCCGAUGAUUCGAAGUGUUCUGACAAACAUGCACGAGAUGGAGCAGCAACUGCAGAAGACUGAGGAUGUCGACUGGACUGUAGUCAGACCACCUGGACUCAAGAAUAUACCUGUAACAGAAAGUGAGUUUAUGACUCAUGAAGGUUACUUCGUCCCUGAUGAGAACGGCUACCCUAUAGGACAGGCCGUAUCCAGAGCGGAUGUUGCUCGCUUUAUGCUCGGGCAGCUCACCAACAACUCCUGGAUAAAGAAGGCCGUGGCCAUCAUCACCAAAUCAUGAUCAGUUCAAAUGCGUUUGAAGUUCAUUUAAACACUAAGAGAUUUGCACUACAUUUACCACACUUUGCCUUUAUACUGUCGUUCCCAGCUUUUUCUUUUUUCUACAGCAUCUUUAACUAUGAUAGUGGAUAUUUACAUCAUUACCUGAUGCCAAAAAUAUGCUUCUGACAUUAAAAUCAAGGUAAAUCUUCUUCACAAUAUCUAAUUAAUUAGAGUAAAAACAGUGGUGAGUAGAAGAGGUGAAGGCUAGUAUUUACAGAGCAGUCUUUUUUUUUGUUUGUUUUCUCUUUUUAUUUGUCUAAAACUGCCUUGUACACACAUUUAAUACAAUCAAUCAGUACACAAUUUUUGUUAAUCAGUUUUUACAAUUAAUGAAUAUCAAAAACCUUACAAUUAAAUUUGGUUUGAUUUUUUUCAUGAAGUGAUUGUUAUCUUUGAAUAAUAAAUAUUUUUUUAUACUGCA